GCGGUCCUGGUCACUCGCGAAAACUACGUUCCCGGUGAGCGUUGGCACACACUUUGAACCAGCCGCUUUGCGGCAUGGCAAUGACUCACCCACCUCACAGAUGCACGCUAACAUCAGGUCUGCUCGUACUCCACAGAACAUUGUCUGCUGUCUCUGCCUACCCACUCGUCGUACUCGCUACGCCAUCUCUGCCUGAACACCAACGCUCGCUGAUUCGGCGUCGCGGGAUGCUGGUGCAUGACAUCCAACCUCUAGCACCGAAGGGACAUGCCGGAUUCGAUGCCAAGUUUGAACGCUUCGCCGAUACCUGGACCAAGCUCCAAGUCUUUGGUGUGCCGGGGUACGACCGUCUGGUUCUAAUUGAUGCCGACACGAUCUUCCUCCGCGGCAUGGACGAGCUAUUCGAGAUGCAGCUGCCUGAGGACUGGAUUGCUGCAGCCCCCGCGUGCACCUGUAAUCCCUUCAAGUUUGCUCACUAUCCCAAAGAUUGGAUCCCCGCAAAUUGCUCGUUCUCACACCAAUCCACACCGACCACCCUCGACAAUGUUCCUCAACCAGCCCCAGAAGCUCCUCGCGUGGCUCAUCUUUUAAACUCUGGUGUUGUCGUUCUGCAUCCCCGUCCCGCCCUGAUGGCUGAGUUGGAGAACCACCUCCGUACCUCACCGACUGUCGCGAAUGCCCAGUUUCCCGAUCAGGAGGUGCUCGCAGACACAUUCCGAGGACGUUGGCGUGUGCUCCCAUGGUGGACGAACGCACUCAAGACUCUCCGCGCGGUUCACAAGCCCAUCUGGCAGGAUCGAGAGGUGCGGCUGUUGCACUACAUUCUCGAAAAGCCGUGGUCCAAGUUGCCGGCCACACCAAUUCCAGCGUUCACCCCCGCUGCGUUGACCCCUUCUGGCAAGCCAGCUCUCCCGUCUGCUCUAGGUGAGAUUGUCGCCUCGGCGGCACCUCAAGAGAGCCUCACAGACUACGACACAGUGCACGCGUGGUGGUGGGCUGCGUAUGGAGACGUCCUCCACGAGCUAAAGAGCGAUGAGCCCGAGCUGUGGCAUGAAGUAGACAAGUGGGUGGCGCACUAGGGCUGCGCCAGUGGGAUACCGUGGACGAAGGGGUCGAUGCCAACCGUUCCAUAAACAUGUGAUGGGUAGAUGGGCCCUUUGAGUACAUUGCACUCCGAGCGUUUACCAUACACAGUGGGAAGCCCGGUCCUAAUGGGAAUCCGACCCGUGCAGGAUAUCACUUGAACCCCCCGUCUUCACAUAUCUACACAUAUCUACAGCACAGCUACACUGAAGGGUGGCCUAUUCAAUUUCGAAACUGAUAUAGAUCGCGCCGCGAAUGGCGGCCGCGC